CCUAGCAGCAAACACAUGUGCUGUGAAACGUUCAAAGGCAGCAGAGAGGACAAUGGUGAGAGCUAAACUUAACACCGCACUGAGUUCAAGUCAAUAACAGCACUUGACAUUGCUCGCCCCCACCAGCAAGAACAUCUAGAACUGAAAACAACUCAGGCUGAUGGAGGAAAAGUUUUGGAAGGAUCAUUAUAUGCUUCUCAACAAGGAUGAAGAAAGUGAGCUGGAGAUAUUCGGCUACAAGGCACAAGGCUACCGGAAGGCCUUGUGCGUUGCUGGGUGCAUCUUGUCCUGCGGGGCUCUGCUACUGCUGUUUUACUGGAAGCCAGAAUGGGAUGUGUGGGCAAACUGCAUCCCCUGCAGCUUGGAAGAAGCAGAUGUUGUGCUGCUUAGAACAACAGAUGAGUUUCAGAGGUACACCAGGAAGAAGGUGACCUGGAUUGAUUUGUCUGCAUUGCUGCUACCUGAGGGCAGUCAAACAGAUAGUCCUCUUGUAGCUGAUAAAGAUUCUGUCAUAAACAGAGCCAUAAAGAAGCCACAGUUAAAGAUGAAAUGUGUCCAGGUGCAGAAAAUCCGUUAUGCUUGGGACUUUUCUGUAAAAAAGUUCAAGAAAGUUGGAUCGUUAGAGGACAGCAACACAUGUCACAACAUACAUGACAAGUUUGGAGCUGGCCUGACAAGGGAAGAACAGAAGAUGAGGCAGCUGGUGUGUGGGCCUAAUGCCAUCGAAGUUGAAAUUCGCCCCAUUUGGAAAUUACUUUUUAAAGAGAUUUUAAACCCCUUUUAUGUGUUCCAAGCCUUCACCCUCACUUUGUGGCUGAGCCAAGGUUAUAUUGAAUAUUCUGUGGCUAUCAUAAUCCUGUCAGUCAUUUCUAUUGCCUUAACCGUGUACGACCUCAGACAGCAAUCUACCAAACUGCAUGACCUUGUUGAGGUGCAUAACAAAGUUGAGGUUACAGUCUGUAUGAAGAACAAAGGUUGUGAAAAGCUGGAGUCUCGUUACUUAGUCCCAGGAGACAUGUUUCUUUUGGAUGGAAAAAAGUUUUCUCUCCCAUGUGAUGCAGUACUGAUUGAUGGGAGCUGCAUUGUAAAUGAAGGCAUGCUCACAGGUGAAAGUAUUCCAGUUACUAAAACUCCCUUGCCUCUUACGGAGAGUCCGAUGCCCUGGAAAACCCACAGCAUGGAAGACUAUCGGAGGCAUGUCCUCUUCUGUGGCACAGAAGUCAUACAGGCAAAGCCAACAGGCAGAGGGCCAGUGAGAGCUGUCGUGCUGCAAACUGGGUUCAAUACAGCUAAGGGAGACUUGGUGAGAUCCAUCCUCUACCCCAAGCCUAUGAACUUCAAACUCUACAGAGAUGCCUUCAAGUUCAUUGUAGGCCUUUCUUUAAUUGGCAUACUUGGACUGAUCUACACAGUCUGUGUAUUUGUCUACCACAAAAAGCCGGUGGCAGAGGUAGUGGCUAUGGCGCUCCUGCUUCUCACCAUCUCUGUGCCUCCCGCGAUCCCCGCUGCUUUGACAACAGGGAUUGUUUAUGCCCAAAGGAGGCUGAAGAAAAAGAAGAUUUUCUGCAUCAGCCCACAGAGGAUUAAUAUCUGCGGGCAGAUCAACCUUGUGUGCUUUGACAAAACUGGCACAUUGACAGAAGAUGGACUGGACCUGUGGGGUGUCAUCCCUUCAGAGGGAAGCCGGUUUCAGAAAAUCCAUAAGUUUCCAUCCAGCACACCUUUGCCCUGGGGACUUGUGUGUGGAGCCAUGGCAAGCUGUCAUUCACUGGUGGUUUUGGAUGAGAAGAUACAAGGAGAUCCGCUGGACCUGAAAAUGUUCGAGGCUACGCACUGGGAAAUAGAGGAUUGCCGUGCAGCUCCAGAUGGGACCAGUGGUCUCGACACUUUCAUAGUUAGACCUGGACCAAAGGCCAGUGCUGCUCCUGUGGAAGGAAUAGCAAUCCUACAUCAAUUCCCAUUUUCUUCAAGGUUGCAGAGAAUGUCUGUUGUUACACAGAAGAUCGGAAGGGAACAGUAUGACCUGUACAUGAAGGGAGCACCAGAAACAGUAACCAGCUUUUGCAGACAAGAAACUGUCCCAGCCAAUUUCUUAAAAGAGCUUAAGACAUACACGAGCCAAGGUUUCAGAGUCAUUGCCCUGGCCCAUAAAGUGCUGAACCUAGGAGAGGACGCAGACGCGCGCAGCCUGAAGAGGGAGGUGGCAGAGUCCGACCUGGCAUUACUGGGCCUCCUGGUCAUGGAGAACCGCCUGAAGCAGGAGACAGAGCCUGCACUGAGAGAGCUUGCUGCCGCCCGCAUCCGGAGCGUCAUGGUCACAGGAGACAACCUCCAGACGGCUGUGACGGUAGCCAGGAGCGCGGGGCUCGUGCACGGGGCUGGCCGAGUGAUCCUCGUGGAGGCGAGAGAGCCGGAGGGCUCCGCUCCAGCUUCCCUUUCCUGGCAGCUCGCAGAGGACAGCAAGGCAAAUGCAGCUGGGCCCAGCGAGAUACAUGUUAAUACUGAGGAAAAGGUGAUCUUGGAAGGAGAAACCUGCAACUACCAUUUUGCGAUGGAUGGAAAGACCUACCAAAUUAUUAUAAAGCACUUCUACAGCUUGCUGCCAAAAAUAUUAGUGAAUGGGACUGUCUUUGCUAGGAUGUCUCCUGCCCAGAAAUCCAGCCUUGUUGAAGAGUUUCAAAAACUGAACUACUACGUGGGUAUGUGUGGCGAUGGAGCUAAUGACUGUGGGGCUUUGAAAAUGGCCCAUGCAGGAAUAUCACUGUCAGAGCAGGAGGCGUCUGUGGCUUCCCCUUUCACGUCCCAAAUUCCCAACAUCCAGUGUGUGCCGGAGCUGAUCAGGGAAGGUCGAGCUGCUUUGGUUGCUUCUUUUGCUGUGGUUAAAUACCUGACCCUUUAUGGCUUGAUUCAAUUUUUUGGUACUGCCCUGCUGUUUUGGCAACUGCAGAUCUUUGGAAAUUACCAGUACUUCAUACAAGACGUCGUCAUUACCCUUCUGGUUUGCCUAACAAUGAGCUUGACUGAGGCCUAUCCCAAACUGGCACCCUAUCGCCCUCCUGGCCAGCUCAUCUCUCCUCCCUUGCUACUCUCCAUCAUCCUCAAUGUGUGCUUUACUGUAGUCAUGCAAACCUGCGGCUUCCUUCUGGUGAAGCAACAGCCAUGGUACGCAAAGCUGGCCAGCCACAGACAUUGCUCUCUGGAAAACCAGACUCAGAUCUCCACCAGCACAGGAGGAAACAAUACCACCAGUAGCGCCUACAGCAGUGUCCUCAGUUAUGAAGAUACUACACUGUGGCCACUAUCUUCUAUCAAUUGCAUCAUUGUGGCCUUCGUCUUUUCCAAGGGAAAGCCCUUCCGCAAGCCUAUCUAUACCAACUAUGUGUUUUCAAUCUUAUUGGCCCUCCAGCUUGGAAUCUGCCUCUUCCUCUUCUUUGCUGACAUUGAUGCCGUGUAUAGUGGCAUGCAGUUUCUUUGCACUCCUGUGAUCUGGAGAGUUUAUGUCUUAUUGAUGCUCUUGGUCACCUUUUGUGUAUCUUUUUUUACAGAGGAUGUUAUCUUGCAAAACAAACAACUCUGGCUGCUGCUUAAAACCUUGUCUGGAUUCCAGUCAAAGAGCCAGUACCGAAAAUGGCAGAGGAAGCUGCAAAAGGAUCCAAACUGGCCUCCCUUAAAUGCAAAAGAAUUUGCAACAAAAAAUACAAAUGAGGUUUACAUUAACCCAAUAUAUGAACACAAUGAAGGGGACUACGGGUACGAUCCUAUAGCUGGGAAUGGGACUGCCCUGUGACUAGCUUGUACUGAACAGUCCAUGCCUUCAUCACUUGCUAUGCACAAGAUUCAGAUUUUUGAAAUGCAUGAACAAACCAAACAUUUUGGAGGCAGACUGGGACUGCUAUGGCUGUGCCCUGGAGCACAGGGGAGCAGUAUUCUCUCAGUUGCUGGUAAAAUAACAACUUUGGUUCCACUCUGUGCCGCAGCAGGUCUCAGGCCUUGCCAAUAUCACCUAUGAAGUCUGAAGUGAUGGUUUCUACUGUGUCACAUCAUGAUCCCACUCCAGGGUUUGGCCACCACUCCACCAAAUCCUGUCAAUGUAUCCAGUGAACCUGAUGGAAAGGCAGUUAAAAAUCUGUGACCUUAUCUUGACUCCACAGAAGAACACAUGUACAAUUGCAAAAUCCAGCAUUAAAUGACACCCUGCAGUUCCCAAGGCCUACAAGAAAGACCCAUAUAUCAUGUAAUUCUAGCUUUCUUCCAUCCUGCAGUGAAUUACAGAUGUGAGAGGGCACACACAUUGUCCUACCUGACCCCCUACCUCAACAGUUUCUGCACAAGUAUAACUCACUGAAUACAGAAAAGGCGUAAGCUGUCACGUCAGGCUGGGAAAGCUAGCAAAGUAUUUACCACAAGGAUAUGUCCUACUCAAGCUUGCAAAGUCCCAGGAAGGAAGAGCUGCCCCCUGCCCCACCAGGCAGAAGCACAACCCCCAGUUCAUGCUCUGCCGCAGAUCCGACCAGGGGAGGGUCAGUCAGAUAACUCAUGAGGUUCUCCAUCACGCCUGCGCAUUUCAAGAGGACCUGUGGAGGGACCAGUCCUGUUUUAUCUUGGAUACUGCUAUUGCAGCUUUUGCUGGCUCAGGCUCAUACACUUUGAGCAUGACAUACCUGAGAACUAAAUGCUGUCCUCAGUUUGAUAUCACAUAGCACUACUACUUUCAAGGACUCAGUGGCAAGCAGCACUGAGCCUUGACUUUUUGCUUUAAAUAGGUCAUGCCAAGAAGCAAGGGUUUUAAUGUGCUCUAGAGCUCAGCUGCUACACAGGUACAAUAAGCUGAGCCCCUAAACAUUAGCUUUUUCAUUUUUAACUUUUCAGUGACCUAAUUAGUUAGCCAUGAAAAAACUUUUGAUUACAUUUGCAGCAACCAAAAAAAGCCUUUCAGGUUCAGAUUUAUUAUGUGUUUCCCCAUAUUAAAAAAGAAGACUCCUAUUUAAAUGUAAUAAUUGAUGGCACUACCAAAUAUGA